CAAACCACCAAGAAAAACACUUCCACUACUCCUAAUUCAGGAAAGCAAAUCAUGACAAUGAUCUUUAACUACCUUUUUCACAAACUUCAUCAAAUUAUACAUAAACCCUACUGCUCCAUCAUCAUCAUCAUCAUCAACAAUAUUUUCUCAUCAAUGGCAAUACCAAUGCCAAAGAAAAACCAACUCAUCCAAAAUAACCAAAUUCUUUCUUCUCCAUCAUAUAAUUCUAGAGGUACAAUCAGAACAACUUUCAAUUCCCUAAUUGCCCUUCUGUUUUCAUUCUUUCUCAUAAUCAUAGUUUAUCUAACACAAAACAGUGGUGACCUAAUGGAAGAUAGAACCGCAAGUUCAGGUGAUGACUUGCUGUCUGGGUGUGACUUGUUUUCUGGGAAGUGGGUGUUUGAUAAUAAGUCUUACCCUUUGUACAAGGAAAAAGAAUGUAGUUUCAUGUCUGAUCAGUUGGCUUGUGGGAAGUUUGGUAGACAAGAUUUGGGUUUUCAGAAUUGGAGAUGGCAGCCUCACCAAUGUGAUCUUCCAAGGUUCAACGCCACAGAAUUGCUGGAGAGGCUAAGGAAUAAGAGUCUUAUGUUUGUUGGAGAUUCGUUAAAUAGAGGGCAAUGGGUUUCAAUGGUGUGUCUCGUGGAUUCUGCUCUUCCUUCCAAUCAAAAAUCCAUGCACCACAAUGGUUCUUUAGCCACCUUCAAAGCUAUUGAAUAUAAUGCGUCGAUCGCGUUCUACUGGGCACCGUUGCUGGUCGAAUCGAAUUCAGAUGACCCAGUAAACCACAGAGUAGAUGAACGUAUUGUUAGAGUUCAAGCAAUUGAAAAACAUGCUAGGCAUUGGAUCGACUCAGACAUUCUUGUUUUCAAUAGCUAUCUUUGGUGGAGAAGGUCCCAAAUGAAAGUUUUAUGGGGAUCAUUUGAUAGUCCAGAUGGAGUUUACAAAUUUGUAAAAAUGCCAAGAGUUUAUGAGAUGGCUUUAAAGACAUGGUCUGAUUGGUUGGAAGUCCAUAUUGACCCAUCAAGACAACAAUUGUUCUUCGUCAGCAUGUCACCAACUCAUGAAACGGCAGAAGAGUGGGACGGAGUUGAAGGAGAAAAUUGUUAUAAUGAAACAGAACAAAUUAUGAAAGAGGGAUAUAAAGGAAAAUCAACAUGUGAAGAAAUGAUGCAUGUAGUGGAUAAAACAUUGGAUGAUUUAAAAACAAGAGGCUUAAAUGUGCAAAUGAUUAAUAUAACACAAUUAUCAGAAUAUAGAAAAGAAGGGCAUCCAUCAAUUUACAGGAAGCAAUGGGAACCUUUAAAAGAAGAGCAAAUUUUGAACCCUAAAAGCUAUGCAGAUUGUAUUCAUUGGUGUCUUCCUGGUAUACCAGAUGUAUGGAAUGAGCUUCUUUAUGCUCAUAUUCUUAAUCUUUGAUUCUUAUUUGGGGGUUUGAACUUUGAUUCAAGGAGGAUUUAGGUGUUUAUUUGUUGUAUCAUGUUCCCAUUUGAGUAAUCAUAUUGGGAAAUUUGAACUUUUUGAAUAUAAGAAGUAAUUAAUUUUAUUGUUGCAACAUAA